AUGGGUGUGGCAGCAAAAAUCGCACCGUCGAUGUUGUCAUCGGAUUUCGCCAAUUUGGCAUCGGAAGCUCACCGAAUGCUCAGUUGCGGCGCCGAUUGGCUUCACAUGGACAUCAUGGAUGGGCACUUUGUUCCAAAUCUAACAAUUGGUGCUCCAGUCAUCGAAAGUUUGAGAAAACACACAAAGGCAUAUUUGGAUUGCCACCUUAUGGUCACGAAUCCUCUUGAUUAUGUGGAGCCUUUGGGCAAAGCUGGCGCUUCAGGAUUCACGUUUCAUGUUGAGGUAUCCAGAGAUAAUUGGGGAGAACUUGUCCAGAAAAUCAAAUCAAAGGGCAUGAGGCCUGGUGUAUCAUUAAAACCUGGAACACCCAUUGAAGAAGUUUAUCCUUUGGUUGAAGGUGAAAAUCCGGUGGAAAUGGUCCUCGUGAUGACUGUAGAACCUGGAUUUGGUGGACAGAAGUUCAUGCCAGAAACAAUGGAUAAGGUACGGGCAUUAAGGAAGAAAUAUCCAUCACUUGAUAUAGAGGUGGAUGGUGGUUUAGGGCCUUCAACAAUUGACUUGGCAGCUUCAGCUGGGGCAAACUGCAUCGUGGCAGGAAGUUCAGUGUUUGGAGCUCCUGAUCCAGCUCAAGUAAUAUCUCUCAUGAGAAAGAGUGUUGAGGAAGUUCAGAAGAACAACUGA